AUGCGUUCGUUCAUUUUCACCCUCGCGCAACUCGCGCCAAUCGUCAGCGCUAUUUCGCUAUGGGACCCAACAGGGCCGUACCACGUCGGCUACACGCAGCACGUCUUCAACCACACCACCGCCAUUGAUCCCACGCCUAACCCCGGCAUCCUGCUGUUAACCAUCUACUACCCGACAACCCAAGCGCCAUCCAGCCCGGCCCCCUACCUCGACGCCAAGGCCGCGCUUAUCUACUCCCAAAUCGCCGGCAUAAGCAACACCUCGCUCCUGCGCCUCACCACGCCGCUCCAAUUCCAGGCUCCCACCCUCCUCGGCACCCACCCCUCCUUCGGCAACGGCACCUCUCCCUACCCCACCAUCAUCUUCACCCCCGGCGCCGGCUCGCCCGUCGCCGGCUACACGGCGUACCUGAGCGAACUCGCGUCCCACGGCUACGCCGUCGUCGGCAUCGACCACCCGGGCGAGAUGCCGUACCUGCCGCUCCCCUACGGCGCGGCGCCCGUCGACGGCAUCCAGAACAUCCUGUCCCUGACCCAGGAGCAGUUCCGCCAGAUGUACCGCUACCGCGUCGCCGACAUCGCGGCUGUCCUGAACCCCGACGACGGAGGUCUCCUCCCGCAACUCAUCGCGCAGUACGGCGCGCCGUUCAACACGUCGCACUACGCCCUCUUCGGCCACAGCAUGGGCGGCGCCGCGUCCGCCGGCGCCAUGAUCGCGUCGCCUGGCGGCACCUUGUGGCGUGCUGGAGGUAACCUCGACGGCGCGUACCAGCACCUGCUCAAGGAGAAUGCGACGACGCUGGAAGCCGACCCCAACGCGGCGAAUCCGGACCUGCGCGCGCCGUUCCUCGAGCUGGCGAGCGAGGCAAGGUUUCGCGGGCUGGAGGACGCGGGGGGUGCGCCGAACGACACGACGUGGGUGACGUUUAACUCGAACCAGACGGGAUGGCUGCGGGAUGUGCAGGUCAAUGGGACGGCGCAUCUGGAUUAUACGGAUUUUCCGUUGUGGUUCGAUUUGCUGGGGGAGAGGGAGACUGCGGGGGGCUUGGCGGCGUUGGGGGGGUUGGGGGGGAUAGCGGGGGCGAGGGUGACGGAGGUGGUGAUGGGGUUGGUGAGGGGGUUUUUGGGGGAGUGGGUGGGGGGUGGGGACGGGGUCGAGGGGGUGGAUGGUUUCAUUGAGAGGACGGAGGAGGCGUUUGUUUUGGCGGAGAAUUAA